AUGCUUUAUUUAUUCCUCAGAUCAUGUCGAAUUCUCAUGCAGUCUUUCUUGUUAAGCAACCUUUCGUUCACGGUUGAUACAGCUUACCUACACUGGAAUACGACAUUCCCGGCCGUGAGUGUGUGUCAGGUUUUAAACGACGAAACGAUGGCGGAUUUAUUCGAGAGAGAAAUUGGACCCAAUCGCGACUACAGGAUGGACAAUGUCAUGAGCGACAUAGCUUUCUACAGUGGGACCUGCUACUCUUGCGAAUACUGUACUGGUGGUCAGAUGAGCUGUCCUGGAAAUUUAUCUGCUGUCAUGGGGCGCUACCGAGCAGAAUGUCCUUCAUUGCUAUCAGAUUGCUCUUGGCAGGGUCGGUCGUUUGAUUGCUGUCAGUUCUUUCAUCCAUUGGAGACGGAGUUCGGACUGUGUUUUAGUAUCAAUUCACAGAAUAGCAACCCAAAAGCAGCGUCGAAACUGAUAAAUAACAGAUACUCAGGUCCAGGCGUGCUACGAUUCAAGGUGAAAGAAGACCUACAAGUAUAUCUUCACGAUGAGAACGCGGUCCCGUAUGCCUACGCAGAUCGCACUCUGAAGGAAACGAUACUCUGGGGAAUGACCAAGGAAAUUAUCUUCAAAGUUAUCGAAAUGGAAAAUAACGGCAAUCUGCACGAUAUUGCUAUCAAUCGCCGGGAUUGCAGAUUUCCUUGGGAAUUACCCGAAGAGUCUUUGCAGCUUUACGAUAGAUAUAGCUUUGAAUCCUGUGCCGUGGAGUGCUUCAUGAAAACUCAAAUUGAACUCUGCAAUUGUACUCACCACUUGAUGCCGAAAGCGAAACCAAGCAAUUCCAUGAAAAUGUGUGAUUUCGAAGGACUUACCUGUUUGACGGAAAAAUCAGUGGAACUGGCCAAAAUACGAAAACAAUGUCCCUGUCUAUCGUCUUGCAUUGAACCGGAGUAUUUCGUAGUCUACAGCUCAGACAGCGAGCUGGAAAGCGAAGAUGAUUUGGUAACAAUAAGGAUGCUUUCUUUGCCAGAUAUGAGGUUUCUGAGAAAUACCGUCAAAACGGAGAUGGACCUAUUCAUUUCUCUGGGAGGGUUAAUGGGACUUUUUUUCGGGAUUUCUUUGUUGACUGUCUUUUACGCUAUGUCGCUUGUCGUUCGAGGUUGCUCCAGUCGAAAACUAAAGAUCAAAACAACCAGCAGCUCGUAA